AUACCUGCCUCUUCUACCUGAGGCCGAAUUACUCCUCCUCGUGGCUUCCAUUCAUAACGAGAGUCAUCGUCGCCGCUUUCUGUUCAUUCAGUCAGUCGCGUCGGGCCCCCGUUGGCAGUCAGCAGUCGGUCAUCAACGCGAGCAGAAUGUGCUGAUCACGUUCUGCAAACAACCACAAAAUAUUUACAAACUAUAAACACAAUUAAAAAAAAACAAAAAUAAACAAUUUUAACCUCAACGUGAUAGUGAAUUCUUUAUUUUAUAAACAAAAUGUCUUCAAUAUGGAUUUUCAUCGUUUCUCUCAUCAUUUUCAAUCAAUAUAUAUCAACAGAAGCAGCUUGCUACUUCCCCCAGGACUAUCAGGGUGAGUUUGCGAUGCAGAACACAUUCAGCAAGAACACCGUUCACUACGCCACUGUAAACAUCACCGCGACGGGUAUCCCCAUCUGGGGCAACUGCCACCGCCGCAUUGGGAAUAAUUUCAUCUUGGUUGUCGAUUUACCAGGCAGUAGUUGUAUACGAUGUCUGCAUCUCAAACUGCAAUCAAAAAAUGUCCUCCAAGUGUUAUCAUCGAGCAAAGAGGUGAUUUCAAAGUGCUAUACUAAUGAAGAGUUAGCUGAAGCUAAUUGUCCGACUGAAGAGUCAUUGAGGACUAGAUCUACGACAGAAUUAAUUUUAUUUAAAAUGAGAGGUGCUGAAGGUAAACACAUAUCAAGAGAAUAUUGUCCAUUAGAUGGUAGAUAUUCUUUUACUUAUCGAUCGAAUGAUCAUGGAUCUAAAAAGGAUUGUGGACAUGAAUCAACAGUGGAUUCAUGUCCGUCUGGAUCCAGUUUGACAUUUAAAUAUCGUCAGUGUUCGUUUGGUAGCCUAGAUCUAAAGUUUGAUUGCCUUGGACAUUGGGAAGGUGUCGGUGGUCAACGGUACUUGGCCCUUGCAGAUAGCCGUCAGUCGAUGGGCAAACCUCAGUAUCGAUGCGCCCUGUACAAGCCGGAUCCUUCGACGGGGCUCAUCAACAUUGCAAUUAGCCGCGACUCCACGUGCACGGGCGAUCUGCAUAAUGCCACGCACGGUUACGAGAACUACGUUCUACGACCGAGCGAUGAGCGCGUUUGGCCACCGGAGGUCUCCUACAGUUCGUGCAGUUUUCCUGAUUGGAUGCGUGGCACUUGGGAGCAUAUUCGCGUGGAGGAUAAUACUAUAACCUAUAAAGAUCACUCGACAUUCAAGACGUACACGAUCAAAUGCGUCGCCAUGAUGGAAUCCAACGAUAAGUACUCGGUACUUAGCCGAACGCAAUGCGGUGAGGAACAGUUUAAUUGCAUGCGCAUCCAGAAGCGCAGCAACAACAUUCUCGAGUUUCAACUGGGCGCCAACUUCAGCGAUCACAACGACAUCUUUGAACUAUGCGCCGAUACUAACUUCCAAGACGACGCAUGGAUUACCCAAGGAAGAGUAGUUCCCGGUGUUGAAUUAGCUUGUCCCAUUUCAGGGGAAUACACCGGGAUGAUUCCGGAUACUAAUGAUUUAUGCGCGAAGUUAUGGUCGGAUUGUCGAGCACCAGAAUUGAUGUAUUAUCAAGUCUCUGAUUGUGCCACGAAUGAAAUCUAUGAAGAACGAGAAUAUAGAUGUUUAGGACAUUGGAGAGAACGAGAUUUAUUGUAUACGUAUACUCAAAGACAUGAUGUAGCAGCUGGGACGUAUGAAUGUUUUGUUGGUUCCAUUGUUUCGUCGAAAGAAGAUAUCUACAUUACCGAGGCAGGUGAACACUGUCAACGGAGGAUAGAUCCUUUGCAGUAUGGAAUGAAGUUGGUUAAGAAAGGUCUUUAUUCUUGUAUUGAACGUGUGCCGACCACAAAGAGGCCAACAACACCCCGAACACAAAUGCCUACGAAACCGUGGAAUAUUGGUGUUCCAUUUCCUACAAUACCGGAUUACAGCGACAACAAUAUCAAUUCAGCUCUGGGGAUGCGCGCCAACGUGUUUUCCUGCUUGUUCCUGGUGAUAGUGACGAUUGUGAUGAGCUGCAAGUGGUAAUUGAUGCUUUAAGCAUCGAUUAUCAAUGUCUUUGCUUAGUUUGUGUACACUGUACAGUAUUAUACUUUUUUACUUUGGGGAUUUUAUCCCCAAUCAUCCUUUUCCUACUUCCUAAAUGUAAUGAGACUUGAAUGACUUGUGAAGAGUUUUGUACUGUCUGUAAUAUUGUAUGAUAAGUUAAGUGCGACCGCUAUGCCUAUGCCUAUAUUUAUUUAAUUACAAGGUAAAUGCGUAUACAUAUUGAUAGUGUAAUGUAUUUGUAUAUUGUUUAAGGACACUAUUGUGAUUUAAUGUUACUUUUAUAUAAACAUUUAUUAAUUAA